GGACUACCCACUCUUAACUUUCUCACCCUUCUUUAAAUUACUUAUCUGUCAAAUACUAUCGUUUCCCAAUUGUGUUGAUACUUAAUUGGUGACAGUUUUUUUUUCCAUUAAAGUUUUCAUUUUUUUGGUUUUUUGUUGAUGGAAAAAGUAAAGAUCCAACGGCUGUACAAGGACGGUGCAACAAGAUUUGAACUUGGAGAUGCGUUUGAAGUUUGUUUAGUUUUUAAAUAGAAAUAAAUAAUCUCUCUCUCUUGGUGGACACUGGAACUAACACCACCGAUGCUCUUCACUCUAUUAUAGAGAGACUGAAAAUCGAAAGCAUCUUUAGCUAAUCACUGGUAAUGUUGUCUUCUUCUUAGUUUGUGUCGGAAUCAGACAAGAGAUCCGACUAGUUUCUCUAAUUUGAGACCUACAUUUGUCAAAAUAGUUCGAGUACUGUAGAGUUGUGUUGAAUUAACAAAAUUCGAGGAUCUUUUAAAAAAAAUUGAUUCUUAUUUUGAGAUCAGGUACAUUUACUUGCAAGGUGUUUGAAUUUUGGUUGUGGACAUCAUGGGAAAGCCUGCAAGGUGGUUAAAAAGUGUACUACUUGGAAAGAAACCAUCUAAAUCUAGUGGUUCUAAAGAUAAGGAGAGAAUUGUGAAUGGAAAAGAAGUAGUGGUUAUUUCAAAGAUUGAAGAAUCCGAUGUUGUUUCGGAUCUCCCAUCCAUUGGAAAUGCAGCAAUUUACACCAGUGGUAUGGCAGAGACACAGAAUCUAGAACAUGAAGAUGUUUCAGACAACGAGAUACAAGUUUCCGAGGUUCAACCAACAGAUUCUCAAGAUGCUGCUUCUGUUCCUGAUGAUUCGCUAUCCGAAUCAGAGAAAAAUCAACAAGAGAUUGCAGCAGUUACCGUGCAGGCUGUGUAUAGAGGCUACUUGGCUCGACGUGCUUUCAAGAUAUUAAAAGGUAUAAUAAGGCUACAAGCACUUAUCCGUGGUCACAUGGUUAGGAGGCAAGCUGUUUCAACUCUGUGCUGUGUUAUGGGAAUUGUCAGAUUGCAAGCACUUGCUCGAGGAAGAGUGAUCAGACAUUCCGACAUUGGAGUUGAAGUUCAGAGGAAAUGCCGGUUGUAUCAUCAGCCUUUAGAGAAUAAAGCAAAAUCUGUUGUUGAUACGCAUACUUACCUGGGAAUCAAGAAGCUAACAGCAAAUUCUUUUGCUCAGAAGCUUCUAGCUUCAUCGCCAAACGUGAUGCCGUUGUCCCUUGACAAUGAUUCUUCCAGUUCAAUCUGGUUAGAGAACUGGUCAGCUUCUUGCUUCUGGAAACCAGUUCCUCAGCCAAAGAAAGUAUCAGUCAGAAAAACUCAGAAGAAGUUUGCCAGUAAUUCUCAGAUAGUCGAGGCUGAGUUUGCUAGACCAAAGAAGAGCGUUCGCAAAGUCCCUACUUCAAAUAUCGACAAUUCCCCGGUGGCACAGGCAUCAUUUGAGUUUGAGAAACCCAAACGCAGCUUCCGCAAGGUUUCAACAAGCCAAUCUGUAGAACCUCUUCCGGCUAUGGACAAUUCUCAAGUUUAUCUAGAAAAAGUGAAACGCGGCUUGAGGAAAGUACAUAAUCCCGUAGUUGAGAACUCUAUCCAACCUCAAGUGGUUCCACAGAUUGCAAUCGAAAAGCCAAAUGCUGGUUUAGAAGAAACUGUGAAUGCCUUUAAUGGAGAGAAAGAAGAUGAAGUGGCUGAGACAGUGGUGGAACAACAACCUGAGGAGUUAAUACAAACUCAUAAACCAUUGGGAAACAAUGAAGCACUUGAUUCCACUUUGGUCAACCAAAUCGAAGAGAGUGAAGAAACUGUAAUGGCUGAGGAAAAGGAGGAUGCAAAAGAAGAGAGAACUCCCAAACAAAACCAUAAGGAAAAUUCAGCUGGCAAGGAGAAUCAGAAAUCCGGGAAUAAGGCUUCUUCGGUUACUACUACUCAAACCGCCGAGUGUCAAGAGAGUGGUAAUGGUAAUCAGACUAGUAGCCCGGGAAUACCGAGCUAUAUGCAGGCGACUAAAUCCGCUAAAGCAAAGCUGAGGCUACAAGGCUCUUCUUCACCUAGGCAACUGGGGACUGCUGAGAAAGCCAGUAGACGUUACUCUCUACCAUCCUCAGGUAAUAGUGCAAGAGUCACUUCUCAUUCUCCUAAAACAAGAGUGUCUCACUCAGGUGGCAAAAACGGGAAUAAGACAGAGAAACCUCUUCUUUCGUCCCGAGAAGGAAACAGGAAGACAACUCCGGUAGAGUGGAAGAGAUGACUGAUCAUCUGGUAAAGAAAAAGCUGAGGUCUUUUGAGGUUUCUAAACUACAAUAUUUUACCAUCUAUCUAAAUAGUUAGUGUAUGUUUGUCUUUGUCCUGGUGUUUGUCUUUGUGUCAUGAGUCGAGAAUGUACAUCAUAAUAGGGUUUUUUUGCUUGUGUGUGGAAUCUUCGUUUUCCGUUUUAAUCCUACAUUACUUCUAUUACAUUCAAAAUAAAAUAAAAAAACUUUAGAUGUUUAUGGGAUAUGUAAUGAACAAAUAAUUCUCAA